AUGGCACAAGCCCCGCCCACCUUCACGCCGGACAGCGAAUUUGCCGAGCUUGAAACACCGCGUGGUCCUAAAGGCGGCAGUCUAUCUAUCACCGCACUGGCCCGUUUCGAAUUUGAGGCUGGCAAGGGCAAUGACGGCACUAAGAUCUUGAUGGUCGAAUGGGAGGACGAUGACCUGACUCGAUCCAAUACCGAAGGGUCCUGGCAUGUUUCUUGGGCAGGGAAGACUACUGUUCUCCCUGCUGAUGAACGGCCAAGUGACAGUACCCGUCGCUUCUACCUUUUACUUCCACCCAAUGUUACCAUCCCGCCUGUCAUUACGCUGUCCUACGAACCGACUGCCAUUACAAAAGACAGCACGCCAUCUUCCAAGGCCCGCGAAACCCUGCAACUGAAUCCGCUUCCGGCGAUCUUCCCACCUGAACUGGGUGCAACGGGUCGCGCGGCCGGCAAGAAGGGCGUGCUUCACACAAUCUGGGCAAAGAAGCGACUGCGUGUCCUGGACGAUGAAAUCCGCGACGAAUGCCUGAAGAAUGUCGAAGGAAUUGCGCUGCAAAUGGCCAUGCAAGAAAAGGAAUGGAUCGAAGCCAAGUUCGGAGUUACUGCGCACGGCGACGGUGAAAGUGUUGCCAGCAGCCACGAUUCCUCAACAUCGAACUCCAUGUACCCAACCGGACCAGCUACACCCGUGUCGCCGAUCAGCGGCCGGAAAUUGUCAGACAAGCUGAAGGGGUUGAAGCUGCAGACCAGCGAGAGGGACUUGGCAGCCAAAGACCGUUCACCUGCGGCACACCUUCUUUCUCCUCAAUCGCCUGAUGUUGCAGUCUCGUCCUUCAGCUCGUUCCGUAGCAUCUCCAAUCGAGCACCACACUCCAUGCUGACACCGGACACCAACCCGACCCCGACUCCAAGCUCUACCUUGAAGCCCUCCGGUCUUGAGAAUCCCAGACCCGUUGCGCUGCACCCACCCGAGUCCCUGCAGGAAGUUCAGCAAAACAGCGGCCCGGGCGGAUUUGCACCCAUGACCUCGAUGAACUCGAUGAGCUCACUUGCACGCACCUCAAGCGCCGAAUCGGGCGAAGAUCUCUUCGCGAAAGCUCUGAGCCCCCGUUCACCAGAUCUCCCCCGGAGUCCAUUUUCAUUCGCUUAA